UGUUCGCGUAAGGUGCUUCGGUAUUCACGGAGGGCUAGUGCGCAGUUUGUGUGUGCUUUUGUACGCGCUGCAAACGGUUAACAAAGAAGGUUUGCUUAAGUGUAUUACGCAGAGAGAAAAUGCACAACCUUGUCAGGUGAGGUGAAAGGCAAGGGGGCGGGCGACACCGUACUCUGCAGUCAAGUGUUGCUCCGGCGUCAGCAGAGAAGAGCGAUGGAUGCGAAUAAGACGGUACUCUGUGACAGCCUCGUCGUGUGGAUGCAGACAUUCAGCCUGCCGUUUCCAUGUACAACAGUGCAGAACCUGACCAGCGGUGUGGCAAUCGCCCACGUUCUUCACCAGAUAGAUCCUGCCUGGUUCAGUGAAGCCUGGCUGAGUCGAAUUAAGGAGGAUGUCGGUGACAACUGGAGGCUGAAGGCAAACAACCUUAAAAAAAUUUUGCAGUAUAUUGUUGAUUAUUACAAUGAGGUGCUUAUGCAGCAGAUUUUGGAUUUCCCAAUGCCAGAUCUCAAUCAGGUCGCUGAACAUGCUGACCACAUGGAGUUGGGUAGGCUGCUUCAGCUCGUACUUGGAUGUGCUGUCAAGUGUGAAAAGAAGCAUGAAUAUAUCCAGAUUAUCAUGACUUUGGAGGAGUCCGUUCAGCAUGUGGUAAUGACUGCUAUCCAAGAGCUGCUCAGUAAGGAAACUGCAGAAAACCUUCCUCCGGAGGCACUGGGAGAUGUUGAACAACAGCUGAAGAAGUUAUCCCAGGAGCUGAGCAUCGCCUUAUCGGAAAAGGAGGAGCUGGCACAGCGGUGUCAGGAGCUUGAUAUCCAGGUGGCUUCCCUGCAAGAAGAAAGGAACAGUCUGUUGGCCGAGAAUGAUGUGCUGACAGAUCGAGCAAACCAACUGGACUCCUUUGAUGAUCCCAACACUCCAUCUGGUAGAAAGAUAUGGCAGACACAGCUGCAGUUUGAGCAGCUGCAGGAGGAAAACUUCAGGCUGGAAGCAGCAAAGGAUGACUACCGAAUCCACUGUGAAGAGCUGGAGAAACAGCUUAUUGAACUGCAGCACAGAAAUAAUGAACUGACAAGUCUGGCAGAGGAAUCACGAGCUCUUAAGGAUGAGCUUGAUGUCCUAAGGAACUGCUCUGACAGAGUAGUGAAGCUGGAAGCGGCUGUUGAGACGUACAGGAAGAAGCUCGAGGGGCUGAGUGACCUGCGACGGCAAGUGAAGACGCUGGAGGACAAAAACAUGAUGUACAUGCAGAACACGGUCAGUCUGGAGGAGGAGCUGCGAAAAGCUAAUGCAACCCGUGCUCAGCUGGAAACUUACAAGAGGCAGGUUCAAGAAUUGCAUAAGAAGCUGGCUGAUGAAUCAAGAAGGGCUGACAACGUGGCAUUUGAGAAAAAGCAGUUUGAAGAGAAGAACGAAGCACUGUUGAAGGAGCGUGAGAGACUGAUCAUCGAACGAGAUUCCUUGAGGGAGACGACGGAGGAGCUCAGCUGCACACAAGCCCAGCAGACCCAGCUCUUCCAAGCAGGCCUGUUACCAGAUGGAAGUCCGAGCCAUGGCAAUUUGGCAUCUGAGAUGCUGCCUGUUGAGUACAGGGAGAAGUUCCUUCGGCUUCAACAUGAAAAUAAAAUGCUGCGUGUUCAACAGCAGGGAUCUGAGAAUGAGCGCAUUGCCGAGUUGCAGGUGAUGUUGGAGGAGAUUCAGCGCAUGAAAAACGAACUGGAAACCGAGCUCAGGUUGAGCCAGGGCCGUAUUCGGGAGCUCCAGCUUCAAGUUGAAGAUUUACAGAAAGCCCUGCAAGGCCAGGGAGAGAAAGCAGAAGAUUCACACCUCAAGAGGAAGCUGGAUGCUCACAUGGAGCAGCUGCAUGAGGCAAAGGAUGAAAUAAUGAAGAAUAAAGAGCUGAUUGAAGAUCUCCAACCCGAGACAGUCCAGAGCUCUUUAAAGAUUGACGAGCUGCAUGCUGCCAUCCGCAAGAAAGAUGAAGAUAUGAAGGCAAUGGAGGAGCGCUACAAAAUGUACCUGGAGAAGGCGCGCUGUGUUAUUAAAGCUUUGGAUCCUAAACUGAGUCCUGCGUCAGCAGAGAUACAGACGUUGAAGAAUAUGCUGGCCGAGAAAGACAAGAAGAUCUUGGCCUUGGAGAGAGAAUGUGAACAAGCAAAACUUCGAGAAUAUGAAGAGAAACUGAUUGUCACCGCUUGGAACAAUAAGAGUCUCAGCUUCCAGAAACUGGCCAUUGAGUCUAGGCUAGCUACACGGGCUACCGUGAGUGGGACACCUAUGGGACAGUCUUUCCUUGCUCAGCAGCGGCAGGUGACCAAUGCCAGAAGGGUUCUUGCUGUGUCCAUGCCAAGCAGCAUUUCCAAGUAGGCCUCGCCUGCACUACAGAUAUGAUCCACUCAAGUGACCUUACACUUCUCAGUAUCGCUGGUGACGCAAGGCGAGGUGGUGAACUGAGAAAGUCCAUUUUUGACUUUGGGAUAUGGGGGGGUGGGGGGGUUUUGGGUUGUUUGUGCACUAUAUAUGAGGAGAGUGAUGGCCAUUCCUAUAAGGGACAGCCCUUCUAAAAUGACAAUGGGGACCUGCACCAGCUUCUCUUCUUCAGCUUCCAGGUAAAUACCAAAAUAGAAGAACCAAGUUGACUCGAGAGGAAGAGUCUCAGACCAUUACGAAUCUUUCUAAUCCUGGCACUUUUGGCCGUUUAACACAUCUGGAGAUGAUCUUCAAUGAAAAUGAUGCUGGACAUCAAAUUCUCCCCUAAACACCAUUUUUUCCUGAGCAGCAAUUUCAUCCAUCAAAAUUCAGUGUAAGAAGAGUAAACUGUUCGUUUCUCCCAGGAUCCUGCAGGGGGGACAGAUGGGUAAACCACAAUAAUUAAAAAGCUCAAAUGGAACAUCUCAAUUGGAAUUGAUUAGUGACACCCGGAGAUCUUUUCAAGCCACCCUGUCUCCACAGCUAAUGGACCAGAGAGUCUUUAUGGAAAAAUCUAUUCAGCAGCAAUACUUUAUGGCGUAUUCUUACAGUGCCAAUUUUCCUGUUAAAAAGCACACAUCUUCACAAAAGGGCUGCUGGUUUAGUCCGGCCACUUUAGUGAUAUUCAAGAUUUGUCUUCGUCUGUACGCCUGUUCAGCACAUUUCUCUCCCACACAUCAUGUCCUAGCAGGUUCCUUUGGUGCUCAGAAAUGAGUGCUUGACUUUCAGAGUCCUCCAGUUUCUUUCAGGAACUGACUGUUUCAUCUCAUCUUUCACGUUUUUUCAAAAUAAAUUACUCUUAUUUGAUAAUAAAGAGUUUGUGACAUCUGGAAGCCUGUUCCGAGCAUUUGACAUGAAAUGGUAAAACGUUAUGGAAUUGAAUAAUCGGAAAUGACCAGUAAUUCCUUCAGGGACUUGAACUGAGGUGACUGUUGAGGAGCUGUAAGCUCUUUGUGACACAUCCUUCCAAAUAUUUUGUGAAAGGACAAAAAUCUCACUAAGCUGCAAGUCCGAGCACUGGAGGGUUGAAUUUUCUGAAAACCAGCAGCCAAUACUGCCCUCUAGGGGUCAAGUCUUGUCCACUCCUGAUAGACUUUUUCUUGCAGUACCUCAAGUGGCCAUGUGAUGGCGAUAUGGAUCUAAAGACAGAACGAUGGCAUUUGCGUGAUAUUUUUCUCAUGUUUUUUUUUUCUCUGCCUGUGCAUAGACAAUGAGGGAAAGAACUGUGAGUGACAGAAGCUUCUAGAAGUUUUCUAGUGAGAGCCAUUUUAGCACUCUUUUAACGCGACACCAGCAGAAAUCAGGCAGUGCUUCACAGAAACUUUUUGACGGACAUUUUGUAGAUAAAGGGGAGAAGUCUUUAGUGGUCUCGGGUGUACGUCUGUAUCCAUGUCCAUGUACAUAAAUGAGACUCUCUAAACAGCCCCUUAAUGACACGAUAUAAUUAAUAGUUACGAAAUGUGAGAUGUUUAUGUUGUAAUUCAUGAAAAAAGCACCAGCAAUCCCCUGAGUCCCAAGCAGCAGCUGCUUUGCAUGCUGUGUUUGGUAGGAGUUUUUAUAACUUCUUUCAAUUCUGUUUUCUUCUUAAUCUAAUUUGUAUUUUGUAAUUACUGGUUUUGGGUGUACUACUGGACCAAGUCCACUGGUUGUGUCUUUGAGGGUCUAGUGUGUCGAGCAGUGGUGUCAUUUUUAAAGGCAUCUUCUAGUUCUUCCUGUAUCACGUGACCUACCUCCUAAGAGCCAUCUGUCUUUCUAAAAUGUCUUCCUGCCCUGUCAGGAGCUCCACAGUUGAAUAUUCCAAGUGUUUAUUGUGUCUUUUAUAAAUCUGCAUGAUCUGAUGUCACUGGUCCUCGAUGGUGGAGUAGACGUUCACUCCUGUUUAUUUACGAUGCAUCCUUUCUCGGAAAAGUUCCUGUCUGUGACUGAAAGGCAAGCAGCAUGCGAUAAAAUGUGUACAGUGAUGUAACAAUGGUGUCUUUUGGUAUGUUGUGGCGAAACUAGAGACGGACGGUGACCCCCCAGAGGUGAUCUGCUGUUAGUGGACCCUCUAAUGCUAUUUGGCACCUCCUCACAAAAGGCUGGCAAAUGUCCUGUUGUCUGCACGCAUUACUUGAAUCCCCACCCAGUAUGUUUCACAUGCCAGGCUGGUGCCAUUACACUUUGCACGGCUCUGAACCUGGCAGCAGAUCACACACAGCCUUCCUGCUGUCACCCUCUGCCAGUCUCUGUGUCUACCUGAUGAGCUAUUGACGGAGGUGAACCAUUUGGUCCUCUGCAUCACCUUCUGCUUUUGUGUGGCCAGACUUUGGGUGGUCCUUGGCUGACCGUGGGUAGGACUGACUGACUCUGUGUGUCCUCUCAUGAUAUGGACUGGUACCCUUAUGCACACCCCAGAGUGCCACUUGUGCCAAGGGGGCCGGCUGCAUUAUGAUAUUGACUUCCGUUUUGUUUCCACUCAUGUUUUCUAAAGGGGGUCAAAUUCUAAAAAAUGGGGCUAGUGGGGGUCCUGCUUUUAUCUCUGAUCAUUUGAGUGCUGGGGAGUUUGGGCUGCCGAUGUUAAAUUUUUAGGUAAUAUUAAGAGCUCAGGACUGUAAAAAAAGAAAUAAAUAAAAUGAGCAAUUCAGAAUAAGGAUUUUCUUGAGUUGUAGACUGCAAACUUCUUUCUGUCUGCAGGUUUGCUUUAUUUUUUAUUGCUUUGUUUUUUUUAUUAAUGCAGCUUGAAAUGCCAUGGAGCUGCCAGUCUCCCCAAGUCUUAUUUUCAAACAGCGUUGUGUGUUUUGUGCAAAAAUGUUUGUUGGUAAAUCGUCCACCUUGGGAUCAGCACUUAUUUCAUUUUAUAGUCCUAUGGAUGUGACAGUGGGGACUCCGUUGUGCACUCAUUUUGAUUUCUAUGGGCUUUCUAUGCUUGUUAAGCAGUUUGUCUUUUUCACCUCAAUAAAAUAUGGAGAAGUGCUGGC